AUGGAACUCUGGGUAGAGAAUGCUGUACUGACAGCGAACGUGAACCACGGGAUUUCCCAGUACUGCUCUGAUAAUAAAGAUCGCAAUCGCCGAGGUGGUGGAGUGUGCAUCUACAUAAGAGAAGGCUUCGAAUUUACUCCAGUGGUACUAGAAGGACUUCCGGACAAAGAUGAAAUAUUUCAUCGACACGUCAACCUACUAAGCUACCCCAACACAACUGUACCUCCCACCCCAACACAACUGUACCUCCCACCCCAACACAACUGUACCUCCCACUCCAACACAACUGUACCCCCAUCCCAAUACAACUGUACCUCCCACCCCAACUCAACUGUACCUCCCACCCCAACUCAACUGUACCUUCCAUCCCAAUACAACUGUACCUUACACCCCAACACAACUGUACCUUACACCCCAACACAACUGUACCCCCACCCCAACACAACUGUACCUCCCAUCCCAACACAACUGUACCGCCCACCCCAACUCAACUGUACCUCCCAUCCCAACACAACUGUACCUCCCACCCCAACUCAACUGUACCUCCCACCCCAACACAACUGUACCUCCCACCCCAACUUAACUGUACCUCCCACCUCAACUCAACUGUACCUUAUACCCCAACACAACUGUACCUCCCACCCCAACACAACUGUACCUCCCACCCCAACUCAACUGUACCUCCCACCCCAACACAACUGUACUUCCCAUCCCAACACAACUGUACUUCCCACCCCAACACAACUGUACCUCCCAUCCCAACACAACUGUAUCUCCCACCCCAACACAACUGUACCUCCCACCCCAACACAACUGUACCUCCCAUCCCAACACAACUUUACCUCCCACCCCAACACAACUGUACUUCCCACCCCAACACAACUGUACCUCCCACCCCAACACAAUUGUACCUCCCACCCCAACACAACUGUACCUCCCACCCCAACACAACUGUACCUCCCACCCCAACACAACUGUACCUCCCACCCCAACACAACUGUACCUCCCACCCCAACACAACUGUACCUCCCACUCCAACACAACUGUACCCCCAUCCCAAUACAACUGUACCUCCCACCCCAACUCAACUGUACCUUCCAUCCCAAUACAACUGUACCUUACACCCCAACACAACUGUACCUUACACCCCAACACAACUGUACCCCCACCCCAACACAACUGUACCUCCCACCCCAACACAACUGUACCUCCCACCCCAACUUAACUGUACCUCCCACCUCAACUCAACUGUACCUUAUACCCCAACACAACUGUACCUCCCACCCCAACACAACUGUACCUCCCACCCCAACUCAACUGUACCUCCCACCCCAACACAACUGUACUUCCCAUCCCAACACAACUGUACCUCCCACCCCAACACAACUGUACCUCCCAUCCCAACACAACUGUACCUCCCACCCCAACUCAACUGUACCUUACACCCCAACACAACUGUACCUCCCACCCCAACACAACUGUACCUCCCACCCCAACACAACUGUACCUCCCACCCCAACACAACUGUACCUCCCAUCCCAACACAACUGUACCUCCCACCCCAACACAACUGUACCUCCCAUCCCAACACAACUGUACCUCUCACCCCAACUUAACUGUACCUACCACCCCAACUCAACUGUACCUUACACCCCAACACAACUGUACCUCCCACCCCAACACAACUGUACCUCCCAUCCCAACACAACUGUACCUCCCACCCCAACACAACUGUACCUCCCACCCCAACACAACUGUACCUCCCACCCCAACACAACUGUACCUCCCACCCCAACACAACUGUACCUCUCACCCCAACACAACUGUACCUCCCAUCCCAACACAACUGUAUCUGUAAAUCCGACCUUACACCCCAACACAACUGUACAUUCCAUCCCAACACAACUGUACCUUCCAUCCCAAUACAACUGUAUCUGUAAAUCCGAUCCUACACCCCAACACAACUGUACUUUCCACCCAACACAAUUUGAUUAA